CCCCAACCUUUCUGCCUUCGUGGUUAUCUCAGCCGCGUCAAGGUUUCUUCUCUCCCUCUUUGCCGAUUGAUCUCGCGGAAGUCGAGUAUCAACUGGUGCUUUCAUUGCCGUUCUCAUGGCUUCAUCCGAUAACAAUUAUGUUUUGACGUUGGAGGAUGUCAUGUCGGCCAUUAACGACAUACGGAAGGAGCUUCAUGCUACAAAAGUUCGUGUCACUGAACUGUCCGCUACUCGUACUGAGGACCAGCGACAUCCUGGCCGACCGCCGCACCAGGGUUGGCGGCCUCCUCCAUCGCGCAUGACUACGGGGACUACAGAUCCUAUACCUCGGAUGCGAGUCGAUGCGCCGCGAUUCAACGGAGAGGAUCCCACCGGUUGGAUCUUCCGUAUCCAGAAAUACUUUGAUUAUUUUAUGACACCGGAGUAUGAACGUUUAUCUCUCGCGGCCAUGCUUAUUGACCAUCCGGCCUCGGAAUGGUUCCACUAUUACCAAGCCAACAAUUGUGGUGCAACGUGGGAUGACUUUUUACCGGCUGUUCAUCAACGUUUUGAUCCAAGCUAUUAUGAGAAUUAUGUGGGUUUGCUUUCUAAACUCACCCAAACCGGAUCAGUGAUGGAAUAUCAGUCGUCGUUUGAAGCACUUCUUAAUAAGGUAACCGGAGUACCCGAAGCAACCCUAGUUGCGAUGUAUGUUGCGGGGCUGAAACAGCCGAUACAACGGGAGGUGAAUCUACGGGGUCCAACAACCUUGCCCGCCACCUUUGCCUUGGCCAGGGAGGUUUCGGCGUGUCAUCAGGAAUCCGUGGCAUCUCUUCCUCGUCGUACAUGGUCCACACGUUUCUCCCCUGGUCAGUCCUCAUCACCAGCAUCGGCCGGCCUGCUACCCACCCCGACCACAGCCGCACGCCCCUCCCCGUUUCCAGCCCGAUCAUCGGAUAAGGCAACCAACCCCCCACUGCCGGUUGUUCGUUUAUUAGCGGUAGAAAAGGCUGAGCGGACGAGAAGUGGAUUCCGGGGCACAAUUGUAAACACCGUUUUCUCGUCCUCAUGGGUCCCGAAGACGAUGAGGAAGAACCUGUACCGGCUGACACUACCCCAUUGGAGGGAGAGGCUGCUCUUAUUACCGCCGAUAUUUCAAGUAUCCAUUCUCUCUCCGGCAGCCCUAGUCCCCGGGCUCUCAAAUUGGCGGGGUCUGUCAACCAUACUCCAGUGCAAGUGCUCCUCGACAGUGGUAGUACUCACGCCUCUCCUCUUACAAGGCCACUUAUUUCCCGUCGAUCUUUAUCUCUUGGAAGUGCAUGGAUCGGACGUCGUCUUGGGUAUUCAGUGGCUCCAAACCCUCGGUUGUGUUUCCCAUGAUUACGGCCGGAUGACGAUGGAAUUCCUUUGGCAGGGGCAGACUGUCACGCUUCGUGGGGAUCUCCCAGGGCCUAAACCCAUCUCUUAUGGACAUUUGUGUUCCUUGGCAUCCACGGCAGAGAAGGUGGAAUUUUAUGAGAUCAUAGCCGCUCCUUCUUCGCCACCUCCAGACCCUGCCACAGCUACUCUUCUGCCCAAGGAUCUGCCGCCCAUUAUCCAGGAGGAGAAUGAUACACUACCCGAUCUAAAGGACCGGCAUGCGGCUGUUGUGAAUGGUACGGCUCCUCCCGAUAUUAGUUCGAAUUCCGGCAUCCUUUACUAUAAGCGGCGUCUGUAUAUCAGCCCCUCUUCACCCUUGAGAAAUCAGAUUCUGCAUGAAUUUCAUGGUACUCCAGUGGCGGGUCAUCAGGGGGUUGAUCGAACCUUCCGCCGUAUCGCCGAUGUCUUUUACUGGCCGGGUCUCCGACGCGAGGUGCGCGCCUUUGUGGCAUCGUGUCCUGCAUGUCAGGCCACUAAGUAUUCCACCCGCAAGCCCGCGGGACUACUGCAGCCCCUACCCAUUCCGGAGCAGGUAUGGGACUCCGCUUCCAUGGAUUUCGUAACGGGUCUUCCACCGUCUCGCGGCUUCUCGGCUAUCAUGGUUGUGGUUGACAGGCUGUCCAAAUACACUCAUUUCGGGCCAUUGGCCGCAGGCUUCGAUGCCCCUAAAGCCACGCAGUUGUUUGUUGACAUAGUGGUGAAACAUCACGGCUUUCCGGGGGAUAUCAUUUCCGAUCGCGACCCCAUAUUUUUGAGUCUUUUUUGGAGGGAGUUACUGCGCUUGAGUGGGUCUUCGUUGAAGUAUAGUACAGCAUAUCAUCCUCAGACGGAUGGGCAGACCGAGGUCGUCAAUCGGACCUUGGAACAAUAUCUCCGUGCCUUUACAAAUGAACGCCCGGCACGAUGGGCCGCUUUGCUUCCUUGGGCAGAAUUGGCACUUAACUGUAGUCAUCAUGAAGGGAUUGGCAUGUCCCCGUUUCAAGCGUUAUAUGGUCGCACCCCCCCGACGAUAUUUGCGACUAUGCCGGUCAAUUCCCGAGUAGCCAGCGUGGAGGACAUGCUUAAGGAACGGGCAGCACUGCUUGAAGAUUUAAAACUCCAUUUGUCUAAAAUGCAGCAACGCAUGCGGUCCAGGGCGAACCAGCAUCGGCGGGAGGUGUCCUAUAGCGUGGGUGAUUUGGUUCUGUUGAAGCUUCAACCAUAUCGGCAACACUCCGUCGCUCGGCCGCUCUCCACCAAGCUUUCUCGACGAUUUUAUGGGCCCUUCAAAGUGAUAGAACAGCGAGAUCAACCCAUCCCCACCUCUGCUCUGCCGGCUGCUUUCUUUAAAAGGCGACCAGUUUCGGUCCCUACGGCUGUGUUGGAUAGGCGCUCCGUGCUGGUGGAUGGGGUUGCUCAGGAGCAGUGGCUAGUUCGUUGGUCCGAUGGCACCGAUACUGAUGCUACGUGGGAACCGGCAUCAGCUCUCCAACAACACUAUCCCGAUCUUCGCCUUGAGGACAAGGCGAUUUCUGUGGGCGGGGGAGUUGAUACCGUACAUGAGGAGGAUAGGGAACCAAGUGGUGACCCAGCAACCGUACGACCAAGGAGGAACGUCGGGCCACCCCGACGAUACCGAGAUUAUGUUUAAUAUUUUAUUAAUAUUUUGUAACGUAGAUUUUUCUAGGUGAGCGGGUUAUAAGCUCCUUCGAGGGUUUCUUUUCGGUUCUUUACCUCGAUGCU